AAAAAGUAACGAAGAGAACGGUGACUUGCUCUUUCGCCUUCCCACUUGGUCGUCUCCCUCGCUUCACCAUAUGCAGAGAAAGAGAAGAGGAGAAAGUGAGAAGGCUUAUCAGUCCUCCCGUCGCCCUUCGUCCACGCUCAUUUUAUUAGAUCUUAUGCUCUUCGGUGCUAUCUUCGUAUCUUAGGUGUGUUCCCCGAAGGAAGAGCUCCCGGGCGAGCCCCGUGCAAGAAGGUUGUGGUUCUCGCAGAUCGAGCCCUUUUUUCCUGCUUUUCUCGGCCCUAAUGUUUUCAUCUUGGUGGGCUUUUUCGGAGAAGUAGCAAACGAUAUAUUGGUCUCAGUUCGGAAAUUAGAGUCAAAGCUUUGCUGAGUUUUUGAACCGAACUGCUCCGAAUUCGCACCAUGAUGGACACAACGAAGUUUACAGGAAUCAUCGCUGGAGGAGGUGGAGCUGGAGGUGGUGGGGGGAACUACUACGAUAUGGCGUACUAUCGGAAGCUCGGAGAGGGCACCAACAUGUCGGUGGACAGCAUCCAGACUAGCACUGGCGGCGGGUCAGUGGCUAUGUCGGUGGGGAACAGUAGCGUCGGGUCGAGCGACUCUCAGACCGGAAUACUUCACCAUAACGGUCUCCGGCAGACCACCGCCGUUCCUGGUAGCUCCGUUGGUCACAGCGUCUUCCGCGCUGGCCGCGUUACCCAUGCCCUAAACAGUGAUGCCCUCGCGCAGGCUUUGAUGGACCCGCGUUUUUCCACGCAAGGCCUCAACAACUACGAUGAGUGGACUCUCGAUCUCAGGCAGUUGAACAUGGGAGAGCCCUUUGCGCAAGGGGCUUUUGGUAAGCUCUACAGGGGAACUUACAAUGGAGAAGACGUAGCAAUUAAGCUGUUGGAGAAGCCGGAGAACGAUCCUGAGAGAGCUCAGCUUAUGGAGCAGCAGUUUGCUCAGGAAGUGAUGAUGCUUGCAAAUCUGAAGCACCCUAAUGUGGUUAGGUUCAUUGGGGCUUGCAGAAAGCCGAUGGUUUGGUGCAUUGUGACCGAGUAUGCCAAGGGCGGAUCAGUUCGACAGUUUCUGAUGAGGAGGCAAAACCGUUCUGUGCCUCUGAAAAUUGCAGUGAGGCAAGCGCUAGAUGUUGCCAGGGGAAUGGCUUAUGUUCAUGGUCUGGGCUUCAUUCAUCGAGAUUUAAAAUCUGAUAAUCUUCUCAUUUUUGGGGAUAAAUCGAUUAAAAUUGCCGACUUCGGUGUAGCUCGCAUUGAAGUGCAGACAGAGGGGAUGACACCAGAGACCGGGACCUACCGGUGGAUGGCUCCAGAGAUGAUCCAACACAGACCCUAUACCCAGAAGGUGGAUGUCUACAGCUUUGGUAUUGUGCUCUGGGAGCUCAUUACCGGCAUGCUCCCCUUCCAGAACAUGACAGCCGUUCAAGCUGCUUUUGCUGUUGUCAACAAAUGCGCUAGACCAAUCAUACCAAGUGAAUGCCCCCCAGCUCUAGGGGAAAUUAUGACCCAUUGCUGGGAUGCCAACCCUGAUGUUCGUCCUCCAUUUGCCGAUAUAGUAAAAAUGCUCGAGAAUGUUCAGGGAGAAUUAGCCACUUCUGUUCGCCGUGCGCGGUUCAGAUGCUGCUUGACCCAGCCAAUGACCAUAGACUGAAAUGAAAAAAAUUGAUUUAUGCUCAGAAAUAGAGAGAAAGAAAGCAAUCUGCCUACUUAUUUUUGUGCAUUUAUAAUUUAGAAGACUGGUAAGUAGAAAAAAAUUAGUUGUUGAUUAUGUUGUUUCAAGCUGGUUUCUCUUCAUAAUUGUUGCACCGAGUUAAGUUAGUUGUCAUUCGCUUCUUUUGUUUGGUGCUUUCAUUGUAUGAAAUUUCAUUACUCGUUUUAUGUUUUUAUUCAAAGAAAGGAAGCGUUAUCUUUUAUUUGAUAAA